ACUGCAUUUCCCAGGAUGCCGCGGGGCGGCGCCGGCCGGAAGGCUGUGCGCCCUGCGCGGGGCAUGAUGGGGGAGCUGGAGAUUUCCAUCAUGGCGGCUUCCAUUUCGGGCUACACCUUCAGCGCUGUGUGUUUCCACAGCGCCAACAGCAACGCGGACCACGAAGGAUUUUUGCUGGGAGAGGUAAGACAAGAAGAAACCUUCAGCAUCAGUGACUCACAGAUCAGCAACACAGAGUUUCUGCAGAUAAUUGAAAUCCACAACCAUCAGCCUUGUUCAAAACUUUUUAGUUUUUAUGACUACGCAAGCAAAGUUAAUGAAGAGAGUUUGGACAGAAUUCUUAAAGAUCGGAGAAAGAAAGUUAUCGGAUGGUACCGAUUCCGGCGAAACACACAGCAGCAGAUGUCAUACAGAGAGCAAGUCAUCCAUAAGCAACUUACUCGCAUCCUCGGUGUGCCCGACCUUGUCUUCCUCCUCUUCAGCUUCAUCUCUACUGCCAACAAUUCCACUCAUGCUUUAGAGUAUGUUCUCUUUAGACCAAAUCGAAGGUAUAAUCAAAGGAUAUCACUUGCUAUUCCCAAUCUAGGCAAUACCAGCCAGCAAGAAUACAAAGUGUCCUCAGUGCCAAACACUUCUCAGAGUUAUGCCAAAGUUAUUAAAGAACACGGUACUGACUUUUUUGAUAAAGAUGGAGUCAUGAAAGACAUCAGGGCAAUUUACCAGGUGUACAAUGCGCUGCAGGAGAAAGUGCAGGCAGUGUGUGCAGAUGUAGAGAAGAGUGAGCGAGUUGUUGAAUCCUGUCAGGCAGAAGUGAACAAAUUAAGAAGACAAAUCACGCAGAGGAAAAAUGAAAAGGAACAAGAAAGAAGGGUGUCAUGAGGCUUAAGAGAGAGCCUGCAAACAGAGCCCAGAAGACAAUGAACAAUGGCAGGUUGUGGCUACUGCUGUCUGGAACAAAGCCUUUGUCCAAGAAGCACAGCCGUGUGGAGCUUGGGUAAGUGGGCACUGUCCGCUUAGAGCCCCUGUGGUCAGAGCCCUGUGCAGGGGGACCCGUGAGAGAGCCUGGCUCAGACCGCCACCUCAUUGUAUCUGUUGUCUACGUCGGACUUUGGGUCUAGCCCAGCCCUACCCAAUGGAACUUUCUGUGAUGGAGAAAGUGGUCUACAGCUGCACCAAACCACCCAGGACCACCAGUCACGUGUGACUGCUCAGCGCUGGAAAUGUGGCUAGCAAGACGAAAGAACUGAGUUUUAGAUUUUUGCUCAGUUCUGACUAAUUUAAAUGUAGGUGUCAGUAGCUGCACGCCGCGUGGCUAAUGGCUCCCACAUUGGGCAGCAUGGGGCACUGACCCCUGUUUCACAAGCAGGAAAUGGUAGAGACAGAGUAGCACAGUAAGAUGCCCAAGGUCACGGAGCUAGGGACAGGAACAGAGCCGAGGCCCCCUGCCUCCUCGUGGAGCUGCGUCUGCUCCAGACCGUGACCGACCGAGUGUCAGCUGGGGGAAGGACAGGAGAAGGCAGUAAACAAAGAGCAGGUUGGAGCAAACGCUCCGGAGCCCCCGCAGGGCUUGGCACCACGGCCUGCACUGCUCCUUGUGGUGUCCUUGGAGCCGGGCAGGAGGAAGGGGACCUCUUCUGUGGCAGCCACAAUCCUGCUGACCCCUGCCCCAACCAGCACACGGCUUUCCCUGCCCUGGCUCCAACAGGAAAGACAGCAUUAUGGGGAGGUCAAGGCCAUCUCCACAGCUCGCACACACAUUCCACCGGCUCCCUCCCUUGGCCUGCCCACCCGGAGGUACCCAGGUGGAGGAUCAAAUUAAUCCCCUUCUUUAUCCGGAGGCUGGCACUCAAAUCUCCACCCACCCAGGGAGAGUGGGCACGGUCACCGUGAGGCUGAGUGACGGCCAAGCCCUCCGGAGAAGGGGUGCUGCGGCAGAGAGCCCUGGCACCUCUCUCCGGCCAUCUGUUCCCGACCCAACCCCCGUGAGCGCGCCUUGCAACGGCGGACACGCAGGUGCUGGGAGAGGCUGCCACAGGCGCCCGGAGACCAGGUGGGACCCAUUGUCAGCCCUUUUCUGUGGCGUCCCCUUCCCCUCCCGCGCUUGUCUCUCUGCCCCACUGCCCCCUCCCCCUUCCCUCUGCUUCUCUUGCAGUAAUGUUUUUAUCAAAGAGUAGCGUAUACCCAGAGAAGGACACAAGCCAGAUCUGCAUAACUUGGGGACUCUUCACAACGUGAACCUGCUUAUAUCAGUGGCACAAAGAGCAGUGACAGAACACGGCUCUGCAUCCUGGAAUGUCCCCUUUCCUGUCCCAUCUCAGGCUGGUGCCCCCCACCCCCCAUGCCUGCCUUCUCUCGACAUAAAGUGACCUGGUCUGUCGCUAACUUGUCGACUCCUGUCACUCAGCGUGGUGUUGGUGAGGUCCAGCACGUGUUCAGUCACUGAUGGAUAUUGGAGACUUUUCGGUGUGUGGGAGAAUGCGAAUGGCACAUCCCGUCACACUCUCGUGGUGGGCUUUGGUAAGCGUAUGUCAUCUUUGGGGCGUGUGUCUGAGAGUGGGUGGCUGGUCUGGCCCUGGACUCCGCCAACGUUUGGCUUCGGUGGGUCCCGCCAACAGUCACACGAGUCCCCUGGUGCGAGGAGAGAUCCAGGAACCCUGCCCUCACCCGCUCUUGGUAGCGUCAGAGGAGACACAUGAGCCGUUCUCUCUGUGGGCGCUGUGUUUUACAGUUGCAUUUCCCUGGCAACUGGCGAGGUUGAACAGUUUUCCGUGUGUUUUUGCCAUCUGAAUAGCUCCUUUUGAGAAGUUCUUGUGUGAGCCUUUUGCUUUUUUUUUUUUUUCCCUGUUGUGCUGUCUGCCUUUUGCUUACUGGUUUGCAGGAGUUCCUCUAUAUUCCAAGAUCUAUGUGUGUACGUGAGUGUGUGCAUGUGUGCAUACAUGCACAUAUGUGAGUAUACCACCAAACAUCUUCCUUCUCCCAGUCAGUGGCUUGUCUGUUUACUCUCUGCAAGGUGUUUUGUGCUGCUCAAAAAAAUCUUUGAUUUUUAUUUUUUAUUUAUUUGACAGAUAGAGAUAGACAGUGAGAGAGAGAGACAGAGAGAAAGGUCUUCCUUCUGUUGGAUCACUCCCCAAAUGGCUGCUACGGCCGGCUCUGCGCUGAUCUGAAGCCAGGAGCCAGGUGCUUCUUCCUGGUCUCCCAUGCAGGUGCAGGGCCCAAGCACUUGGGCCAUCCUCCACUGCCCUCCCGGGCCACAGCAGAGAGCUGGACUGGAAGAGGAGCAACCGGGACUAGAACCCAGCGCCCAUAUGGGAUGCCGGUGCUGCAGGUGGAGGAUUAACCAAGUGAGCCACGGCGCCGGCCCCUCAAAAAUUCUUAAUGAUAAUCCAAUCCAACCGACCAAUUACUUUCCUUUAGAGGGAAGUAUUUUUGUAUCUUAAUUAAGAAAUACUUAUUUCAAGGUCAUGAAACUUUUUUUGGCUAAAAGUAUUAUUUACUUUUCACAUUUUGAUGUUUGUGUGUGGUACGAAUUAAGGGUCAAAUUUUUGUAUGUUCUGUGAUCUAAGGGGCAGAGCUUAGUUUUUCUCCAUGGAUGUGCAGUUGAUUGACCCCAGCUACUGAAGAUGAUCCCUGGGGCUGGCAUUGUGGAGCAGCAGUUUAAGCUGCUGCUCGGGACGCCUGCAUCCCAUGUUGCAGUGCCAGGAUGAAUCCCAGCUCCCCGCUCCUGAUACAGCCUCCUGGGAAGUCAGGGGAUGAUGGCCCAAGUGUUCGGGUCCCUGUCUCCCACAUGGGUGCAGGAGCCCAAGUACUUGGAUCAUCCUCCUCUGCUUUCCAAGGCAACCAGCAGGGAAUGAGAUUGGGAAUGGAGCAGCCAGGACUCAACCGGCACCCACGUGGGAUGCCAAGAUCACGAGUGGCAGCUUAACCCGCCACGCCACGCGCCGGCCCCCAGCCCAUCUAUCUUAAUGAGGGUCAGCAACAGCUGUUGAUACUGGCCAUAAACAUCUUCGAACUUUCUUCUUCUUGGCUCUUUGCAUUUUUGCAUGAGUUGUAGAAUCAGUUUCUCAAAUUCUGCAUCCCCAAUAUCAUCUGCUUGUUUAUUUAUUAAUAUUAAAUGGACUGUAUAUAUCAGUUGGGAAUAAAUAACAUAUUUACAGUAUUGA